AUGGCUCCGUCAACUCGCAAGACCAAGUCCAACUUCUGGCCAAAUCUCGUCUACGAUGCCUGGCUGUGGACCUUUUCCGUCCUUGUCGACCUCUUCUUCCGCGAGGUUCACCCUCGCAGUUCNUUGAAAGUUCCUCGCAAUGGCCCCGUCAUCAUCGUUGCCGCUCCUCACGCCAACCAAUUUGUCGACCCCUUGAUCCUGAUGCGUGUUCUGCGUAGGGAUGCUUACCGCCGCAUCUGCUUCUUGAUCGCCGAAAAGUCUAUGAAGAGGAAGUUUAUUGGUUGGGGUGCAAGAAUGGUCGGCUCAGUGCCUGUUGGUCGUGCCUUGGACAUGAAGAAGCCUGCCAAAGGCAAAAUAUACCUGCCAAAUCCCGAGGGCGAUCCGACUCUGCUCAAGGGUGUUGACACGGACUUUGAGAACAAGGAUGUUUUUAUGGUUGGAGGAGUGCUUGCGCUGCCGAGCUUCAAGAACAAGUUUGCGAACACUGAGAUCAAGGAGAUUCUGGGUCCCAACGAGAUUCGUCUGAAGAAGCCCUUCAGCGGAAAUGUUGCCAUGCGACAGUUGACUGGUCAAGAAGUCAAAGACGAAAAGGCUGAUGCCAAGUUGACUGAAGGCUUCGAAGGCACAGACUUCGAGAUUGCUCCCCAUGUUGAUCAGGGUGAAGUUUACUCUUCCGUCUUCCAGAAGUUGCAUGAGGGCGGUUGCAUUGGUAUCUUCCCUGAAGCUGGUGUCGCUAUCAUGGCUCUUGGUGCGCUUGCAGAAGAUCCCAAUUGUGGCGUUAAGAUUGUUCCUUGUGGUAUGAACUAUUUCCACGCCCACAAGUUCCGUUCGCGAGCUGUCGUCGAAUUCGGUACCCCUGUUGAGAUCCCCAAUGAACUGGUUGAGAUGUACAAGAAUGGUCAAAAGCGUGAGGCUGUUGGUCAAGUCUUGGAAACCGUCUAUCAAGCUCUCGUCUCUGUUACCGUCACAAGUCCUGACUACGACACUCUCAUGGUAAGCUUAGCUUUCGUCCAAACAUAUGUCAGUCACACCCUAACACUGUCUAGNCUCAUUCAAGCAGUAAGACGUUUGUACAAUCCCAAGGGCAAGAAGCUUCCUUUGCCAAUGGUCGUCGAGCUCAAUAGACGUCUUGUCAAAGGCUACACCACUUACAAGGAUGAUCCUCGGAUUGUCAAUCUAAAGAAGGCUAUUCUGGCAUACAACAAGGAGCUGAUGAUGCUCAACAUCCGUGAUCACCAAGUCAGCUACGCCAAGUUCUCCAUCUUCAAGGUCAUCCUUACACUUUUCUACCGCCUCGGCAAGCUACUCGUGCUGGCUGUUGCCGUGCUUCCAGGUCUCGUCCUUUUCGCUCCUGUCUUCAUCACUGGCAAAGUCUACUCAAUCAAGAAGUCUCGUGAAGCUUUGGCAGCUUCGACGGUCAAAAUUCAAGGUCGCGAUGUCAUGGCAACUUGGAAAUUGCUUGUAUCCAUGGUCGUCGCACCUCUACUCUACAAUUUCUACAACAUCAUCUUGGCCAUAUGGACUCACUACAACCGUAUCGGUAGCCGUGUGCCGCAAUGGGUUCCUCUGUGGGCUGUCUUUGCCUUUGGCUAUAUUCUGUUCCCAGCCAUAACAUUUGCCGCUCUCCGUUUUGGUGAAGUUGGUAUGGACAUUGUCAAGUCGUUGCGUCCUCUAAUCCUCUCCUUGGGGCCAUCGUCAGGCAAUACCUUAGUCAAGCUGAGAGCCAAGCGUGCUUCGCUGGUCGAACAAGUGACAGAAGUCAUCAACGAGCUUGGUCCCGAACUGUACCCCGACUUCGACCACCAGCGCAUUGUCUCUGAUCCCAACCACCCACUCUCGCCUCAAUACUCACAGCCUCAAACUCCCCGCUCUCGCCGCAGUUCCGAAUACGACCGCAUGUCCAUGACCUCUCCAGACCUCGCAGGCUAUUUCAGCCGCACGGGCACCGCAGGUGCCAGUAUUGGAGGUGGCAGCGGCCAAAACACUACUCACCUGCCUCGCAACGAAUCUUUUGGCAACAUCGGUGGCUUCGGCUUCUUCUCAUCACGACCUCACACUCCCAACCGCUCGCGCAGUCGCAAUCGUAGUCGCACGAGCAGUGAUGGCGGCAUGGGCUUCACAGCCAUGAAGCCUAUGACCACCAUUGACUCUAAAGGCGGGUAUGAACAAGUCACUGAAAAGAUCAGAGAUGCGAUGAAACAGCGCGGACGCAGAAGAAGAAGUGAAGAUGCGUCUGCUGUUGAUGGAUGGGAGAUGGCAGAUGCGGAUGUAGAGGUUGAGGAUGAGGAUGAGGAGAAGAAGGACAUUUGA